UAAUCUGAAGCCUGCUGAGGAGGCCUGUGGGCUGGCAGGCAGCAGCAGCAGCACAGGCAGAUGUGGCCCCAGAACGGGAGCUCUGCACUCUUCCUCUGCGCUCUCAUCUCACACAGGCGGGACAAGGAGAACUACAGAGGUGGGCAGCACCAUCAUGCAGGGACUGGUGGUUCUUCUGUGUCUGGGACUCCUCACCACCUCGGCCAGAAGUCAGGAAUUGGGAACUGGAGAACAGGAAUCUGCAAAUCCAGAUGCCGAUAAUGCCGGGGGAGCAGAGGAAGAGGACGAUCCCUUUUACAAGGUGCCUGUGAACAAGCUGGCAGCCUCCGUCUCCAACUUCGGCUACAACCUGUACCGUCAGCAAUCCAGUCAGACGCCCACCGCCAAUGUCCUCCUUUCGCCCUUUAGUGUCGCCAUGGCCCUCUCGGCCCUCUCGCUGGGAGCGGGAGAACGAACGGAAAUCCUCAUUUCUCGCGCACUCUUCUAUGACCUGCUCGACAAGGCGGAAGUCCACAGCACGUACCCAUCACUCCUGGCCAGCAUUGGUGUCCCGGCCAAAGGCCUGAAAACUGCCUCUCGUCUCAUCAUGGAGAGAAGGCUGAGAAUGAAAAUUGGAUUUGUGAAUGAGCUGGAGAAAUCCUACAAAUUCCGGCCCAGAGUAUUGACUGGAAACACCCGCGUGGACCUGCAAGAAGCUAACAACUGGGUGCAACAGAAAACCAGUGGGAAAGUCACCAGGUUCCUACGGGAGAUCCCCACGGGGCUCAGCAUCCUCCUCCUUGGGGCAGCGUACCUGAAAGGAAAAUGGGUGACCAGAUUCGACUCCAAACUGACUAGGCCCCGAGACUUCCACUUGGAGGAGGACAGGUCAGCGAGCGUCCCCAUGAUGGCGGCCUCAAACAUCCCAGUGAAGUAUGGCUUUGAUUCUGACCUCGACUGCAAGAUUGCCCAGUUGCCCCUGGAGGGGAGUGUCAGUGCCCUGUUCUUUCUGCCCCAAAGCGUGACCCAGAACAUGACGCUGAUUGAAGAGAGCCUCACCUCAGAGUUUGUCCGUGACAUCAACAAGCAGCUGAAGACGGUCUGUGUGGAUCUGCACGUACCGCGGCUCAAGCUGGCUUCGGAGAUGGCCCUGGCUGACACUCUCCAGGAAAUGCGGCUCCAGGCGCUCUUUGAGACCCCCGACUUCAGCAAGAUCGCCGCUAGGGCUGUCAAGCUCUCCCACGUGCAGCACAAAGCAAUCCUGGAGCUGAACGAAGAAGGGGUCGGGUCAGGGCCCCCGCCACAGGCGGAGACUCAGUGUUCGAGCCUCCGCGUAGACUACCACUUGGACAGACCGUUCGUGUUCCUGCUUCAGGACGAUGAGACAGGAGCUCUGCUCUUCGUUGGGAAAAUCCUUGACCCCAGAAGCAGUUAGGCCCCGCCCUGCCCUCAGACGCAGCAGGCCUCCUGGGAAGUGGGUCGAUGGCUUGGCAUACACAUUCUGUGCCUGAUGUGCAGCAAUAAAACGGCUUUUGCUUUAGACGCGCCCCAA